CCUACUCAUACACAUCUCACCUUCAACAAUAUCAACAACUCUUCUCAUUAGUUCAUCACCUCACUGCUGGAAAACUCCAUUUCUUCAAGAUUUUCAGUAGUAUAUCACAUAAAAUAAUUUCUUUAAAAGUGUUUUUCUUGAAAAAUAUAGUUCAAGAAAGCAAGUCAACAUCAUUUAAGAAUACAGGAAACUCAAAGCAAGGUAGGCUGAAAGAGUUGGAAGAUCUCAUAAUACUUGAUUGGAGAAUGAAUGGCAAAAAGGGUAGUUUUGCUAUCAACAUUCCGUCGGUGGAUACCAAAGUCAAGCCGCCAGAAACUGGAAAGAAAGAUGGAAUUGGAGGAUUUGCCUGUAAGGCUUGGAUUUGGAGGGUGUGGGAAUUUGCCAAAGAAGAUACUAACAGGGUAACAUUCUCAUUCAAGGUUGGGCUAUCUGUUCUUCUUGUGUCUUUGCUUAUACUAUUCCAAGCACCUUAUGAUAUAUUUGGCACCAACAUCAUCUGGUCCAUCCUCACAGUUGCUAUCAUGUUCGAAUAUACAGUCGGUGCAACUUUCAAUCGAGGUUUCAACCGAGCAAUUGGAAGUGUGCUUGCAGGGAUUUUGGCUGUUGCAGUUGCUCAGUUAGCUCUACGUAGUGGCAGGGUUGCAGAGCCUAUAAUAAUUGGAAUUAGCAUCUUCCUGAUUGGGGCUAUUACAUCAUUCAUGAAAUUAUGGCCAUCACUUGUGCCAUAUGAAUAUGGAUUCAGGGUCAUACUCUUUACUUACUGCUUGAUCAUAGUCUCUGGAUAUCGAAUGGGGAAUCCAAUUAGGACUGCAAUGGAUCGUCUGUACUCUAUUGCCAUUGGAGGGUUUGUAGCAGUCCUAGUAAAUGUUCUGGUUCUUCCUAUAUGGGCUGGGGAGCAAUUGCACAAGGAGAUAGUCAGCAGCUUUAACUCAUUGGCUGACUCUCUUGAAGAAUGUGUGAAGAAGUACCUAGGAGAUGACGGGCUAGAACAUCCAGAGUUCUCCAAGACUGUAAUGGAUGAGUUUCCAGAUGAACCAGCUUACAGGAAAUGUCGAAAUACCCUGAAUUCCUCCGCAAAAAUUGAAUCCUUGGCUAAUUCAGCAAAAUGGGAGCCACCACAUGGGCGGUUUCCACAUUUCCUCUAUCCUUGGUCAGAGUAUGUUAAGGUUGGGGCAGUUCUACGAUAUUGUGCUUAUGAGGUUAUGGCACUUCAUGGAGUCCUACACUCUGAGAUUCAGGCACCUUACAACCUCCGAGUCAGAUUCCAGUCAGAAAUUCAGGAUGCAGCAACCCAGGCUGCAGAACUUGUAAGGAACUUGGGCAAAGACAUUAGUGACAUGAAGCGAAGCCUCAAAACCUCACUAUUAAAGAAGGUUCACAUCUCAACUGAGCGACUACAACGUGCAAUAGACAUGCACUGCUAUCUCCUUAUAUCUAAUUUUGAGCCUAAUGACAACUCUUCCAAAACGCUUCCCAAGUUGUCUCAUACACUUUCAACUAUCCCAUAUGAUCUCUCGAAUCAAUUGCCCGAGCUUGACAGCAAUAACUUGGUAAAGACUUCAGAUCCAACGAACCAAACCACACCUUCAGGGACUAUCCCACUAGGACAACCAGUGGAGUCUUACCAUGAGAUGAUGAGGAAGCAAUCAAGGAGGCUGCAUUCAUGGCCGUCAAGGGCAGUGGAUGCUUAUGAAGAUGACGGAGGUCUUGCCGUAGACUUUGUGCCCAGAAUGAAAGCAUUAGAAAGCACUGCAGCGCUGUCACUUGCGACAUUUACUUCCUUGCUUAUUGAGUUUGUUGCUAGGCUUGAUCACUUGGUUGAAGCAGUUGACGAGCUUUCCAACUUGGCCAAAUUCAAGCAUGAGAGUGUAUAGAAGAAAUAUGUAUGCAAAUACAGAUUUUGAUAUAAUAAUAAUGUAAAAGAUGCACUACUGAUUAAAAAAGAAUUGGAGAAACGGGAAAAGGGGUUGUAAUCACCUGAAAACUAAGUUCCAAUAACUGAAAUUUAAUCAAA